AUUUCAUCGUCCUUCCUUUACAAUUAUUAUUCUUAAAAAUGGCUCAUUUAAUUGGAUGGACUUUGGAGUGAUAGUAAAAUUGGCGUUAGUGGCGUGCAGAUCGGUUUAAUUAUUUGUGUAACCUUUGCUUUUUAGAGUUUAACGUACAAUUUUAAAUUUUUUGAAUUGAACCUCUUCUCUCAUUAUUGAAUGAGCAAAUGGAUGGUGGGAUCCAUCGUCCCACCCACCCAUUGGUCAUCCAAUUCAAUAAUGUCGAACUUCAUCCCUCCUCUUCCACAACUUGAUUACUACUUCACUUUACUUUACCAAAAUUUAUUCGAUUUCUUCUUCUUCUUCUUCUUCUUCUUCUGAUGUCUGUUUUUUGUCUUUGCUUCUGCCUUUUAUUUACUGGCGUCGCCGCGUCCGGUGGAGACGGCAGCCCCCACUCCAGGGAUCUCGAUAACACACCCACCUGGGCUGUUGCUGCUGUUUGCUUCUUUUUCGUCCUUAUUUCCAUUGUCUUGGAAAAUGUUCUUCACAAACUUGGAACGUGGUUGACAGAAAAGCGCAAGAGUUCUCUGUAUGAAGCUCUGGAGAAGGUUAAGGCUGAGUUGAUGAUUUUGGGUUUCAUCUCCCUGCUUCUGACUUUUGCUCAAGCAUAUAUAGUCCAAAUCUGUAUUCCUCCGUCCAUUGCAAACUCCAUGUUGCCCUGUCCCCUUAAAGAGAAAGAUGCCUCAUCAUCUACAACCGAUGAAGACGAACAUCACCGGAGACUACAAUGGCUAAUUCGAAGAUCAUUGGCUGGAGGUCACAAUGUCGUCUCGUGUAAGGAUGGUAAGGUGUCUCUUAUAUCUAUUGAUGGAUUGCAUCAGUUGCACAUUCUCAUUUUCUUCUUGGCCGUGUUUCAUGUGCUCUUUAGUGUUAUCACAAUGACACUUGGAAGGGUAAAGAUUCGAGGCUGGAAGGAGUGGGAGCAGGAAACUUUAACGCAUAACUAUGAGUUUUUCAAUGAUCCUGCAAGAUUUAGGCUUACUCACGAGACAUCUUUUGUGAAAGCACACACCAGCUUUUGGACACGUCUUCCUUUCUUCUUCUAUAUUAGUUGCUUCUUCAGGCAAUUUUAUGGGUCUGUUAGUAGGGCUGAUUACUUGACGCUGCGCAACGGAUUCAUAACAGUCCAUUUAGCACCUGGAAGUAAAUUUAACUUCCAGAGAUAUAUCAAAAGGUCAUUAGAAGAUGACUUUAAGGUAGUCGUCGGUGUGAGUCCUUUUCUGUGGUCGACAUUUGUGAUCUUCCUGAUCUUUAAUCGAUCUGGAUGGCAUACAUUGUUCUGGGCAUCAUUUAUCCCUCUGCUUAUAAUCUUAGCGGUUGGAUCAAAACUUCAAGCCAUUUUGACUAGGAUGGCUCUUGAAAUCUCUGAGAAACAUGCAGUGGUCCAGGGAAUUCCACUCGUGCAAGGAUCCGACAAGUAUUUCUGGUUCGGUCGCCCUCAACUGAUUCUUCAUCUCAUGCAUUUUGCUUUAUUUCAGAAUGCAUUCCAGACCACCUAUAUUUUGUCUACACUGUAUUCUUUUGGCCUGAAUUCUUGCUUCUUUGGUGGUCGCAUCCUUACAAUUAUAAAAGUUGGUUUAGGGGUAGUAGCAUUAUUUCUUUGCAGCUACGUUACGCUUCCAAUAUACGCCCUUGUAAAUCAGAUGGGUUCAGGUAUGAAGAGGUCCAUCUUUGAUGAACAGACAUCAAAGGCACUCAAGAAAUGGCACGAAACGGCCAAGAAGAAGCGGGCUAAACGAGCCUCAGCAACUAAAACCCUCGGAGGUAGUUCAAAUGCUUCACCUCUACGCUCAUUGCGACGGUUUAAAACUACAGGACACUCCAUACGUGUGCCUACGUAUGAGGACCUUGAGUCAUCUGAUUACGAGGGCGAUCCAUCAGCAACACCUACACAAGUGUCAACAAGUGAAUCGAUUAAUGUUGAUGUAGAAGAUGGAGAUGAAAUACAAGAAAUCGCUGAAACAGAGCAAUCCCACAGUACAAUGCAAAGUAAAGAAGGAGAUGAGUUCUCAUUUAUAAAGCCUGCACCACUAGGAUAAAUAAGCUUGGUGGCCAUAGCUGAGAGUUUGUAGAGGUGUUAAGAUUUUGUUUGCACAUAUGAUCUAGUUUUGGUUGGGGUCACCCCAAAAAAAUAAAAAGAAAAUACGAAUGUACCAUAAAGCAUCAAGUCUUGGUUUGGUAGGAAAGUUGCAAAUGUUUAAUUUGUUGUCGUUUUAUGAAGAAUAUGUAUGUAAAGAGAAGAAAAGAAAGACAUUUUUGCAUGAAUUUAUAUCAUGGAGGUAAUUAGCAGUGGCAACUUCUAAAA